AUGAGUUACUACUCUUACUCUUCCUCAGAGGAUGACGACGACGAUAGAUACUGUGAGAAAUGUGGCCGGUACUUUGUAGACUGGCGCGCUCGUGAGCAGCACUGGAAUACCGUGCACACCUUCCCUUGCAACGAUUGCAAUCGUACGUUCAAUUCUUCCCGAGCCCUGCAGAACCACAGACAGGACAAACACACCCAUGUUUGUCGGUACUGCGAUAAACAGUAUUCAUAUGCGUCCGACCUGGAAGAUCAUGUCGAACUGCAUUGUUCCAUUUGUGGACAACUCUUUGGCAGCGUCCACUCUCGCGUUCAGCAUCAGCAAAGCAGUGUUCACAGGCCAAAGACUAACGUGUGCCCCUUCUGCAACAAGUCUUUCAGCACCUUGUCGGCACUGACUGGACACGUUGAGAGUGGCGUCUGUACCCAGCAGCGCUUCGGACGUAAGCAAGUGAAGCAAUUUGUUCAAAAAAGGGAAAGGCAGCUCAAUUUACAAGGAAGCCUCCUCGUUCCUCGCAUUACGAAUGGCCCCAGUGAUAUCGAUGUACCUCAGUAUGCCACCGAACGCAGUUGGAACGGCUCCGCUUAUGAGUGUGCCAUGUGCUACCGUGAGUUUUCUACUCUUAGAGCCCUCAAUGGUCAUCUUGUGUCGCAUGAGCCUGCCGACUACCGAUGCGCCAAUUGCGACAUGCGAUUCAAAGUGCUAUCUGCAGUCAUGAAACAUUGGGAACAGUCUAGUUGCGGUAUAAAGGUCGCACAUAUGGCUAGGAAGCUAGUGGAUCCCAACAAACUAUUGUCGUAUUAGAGCGAAAACUAGCUGGGCACAUUUACAUUUCAUCACAUGACAUACAAGGCGAUGGCGGGUGGCCGCCGGAGUGACUCUGGAUGGGAUUACAGAAGAUUGGCAGUAGUGGGUCUGUGUGCCAUGUUGGGUACAUAUGCAGGGCGUAUGUGACUAUCUCGCUAUUUGCUGGAGAUGCAUGUUUUUUGCUCGUUUUGGAGGAGCACCCGCGGCAAACGUACAACCAAUCGAUCAUCAUGUCAUUUUGGUCGAAUGAAAGGCGACUUGAGCGUUGGAGAAACCUGAACGCACACCAUUGCAAUGGAUAUUCUGCAACAACGGGAUGUAGACUAGGUUCAGAUUUGACAUGCCUUUCAUCGAUGUUGAAUUUGUAUUAACACUAUUAAUAUACUAUUGCUCUGCCGAGUAUUCUGCCG